GGGUGCCUGAAACGUUUACUCCGUUCCAUUCCUCCGGAUGACGCCUCGAUUUUUCUCCGAUUACUGGAACUUCUGGCUGCCACUGAUGUGUCGAUGGGUGGCAAUAUUCCAGGCAGUGUCCGAGACAUGUUGUUUUGUGUUAAAUCCUUCAGUGCCUCCUUCUCUGCAGGGUGCGAAGCAAUCGUUCUACUACUGUCAUUAUUUGUGAAAUUGCGAGAGCGUCGCAGACCGGAUGAAGUCUAUCUUCAAUCAGACGUGGCUGGAUGCCUUCUCAAACAACUGCGGCAAUUGCCCUACUCUGAUAUACGACGCAUGCGGGACACUGUGCAAAAUACAGUGCGUGUAGAGUCGACCACGACUCAGCGACAAUAUUCGCCUUCUACGGAUGGAAACGUUUGUUCGCGCGGCAAAAAUUUCGAGCACGCUUUCGCUACGCAUACAAAUAACAUAGCAUCGGUACCCAUGCACGAUAGUCAUGGUAAAACAGAGACCGACCUGAAUAUGACUGUUUGCAGCAUACAAACACUGGUCAAUGCCUCUGAACAGGAGUACAGCAAGCUCAAGCAUUAUUAGGCUUCAGUGGCGCGUUAGACUGUCUCCAUAUUUUUGAACUGAAACUGGAUCUUCACUCUCCCUUUAUUAGCCGAAACAGAUGCAGGACCCUACGAGGGAACAUUUGGUGAAGGAAUAAAUCAGACUUUUGGCCGUC